CGUCACUUCCGUCACACAGAAUUUUCUGAAAAAGAAGUCAUUCUAAUACUCUUUGAAGAAAAAGAUUUGUUUGCAAUACCCCAAAAUGGUGGUUUUUACAUGUAACGCUUGUGGGGAAUCUGUGAAGAAGGUACAGGUUGAAAAGCAUGUGACUCUGUGCCGGCAUUGUGAAUACCUUUCUUGUAUGGAUUGUGGCAAAGAUUUCUGGGGUGAGGAUUAUAAAUCUCAUGUGAAGUGUGUAAGCGAAGACCAGAAGUACGGUGGCAAGGGAUAUGAAGCCAAGACUCACAAAGGUGAUGCCAAACAGAAAAAGCAGGAAUGGAUUCAGAAGAUUCAUGAAGCAAUAGAAAAAACAAACAUUAAUCCAAAGGUUCGCGAUAUCUUACAACAAAUGUAUGCCUUUGAUAAUAUUCCAAGGAAAAAGGGGAAGUUUCAGAACUGGAUGAACAACAGUUUGAAAAUACACAACACUGUUCUACAGGACCAGGUGUGGGAUAUCUUUUCAGAAGCUACCAAGAAGGGACCGAGUGAGAAAGAGGAGAAGCCACAAGACGCAGCUGGAAAUCGGUGUGAAAAAAGUGAAGUUCCGCCAAAGCUACCUGAAGAGGAUGUAGCAAAAACAGAGGCACUGGCAAAGAAAAAGAGCAAAAGGGAACGGAAAGAAGAGAGGCAAAAUGUCAAAAAGGAGAAAAAGGAAUUAAGGCUACAGAGUCAACAGGACAGCUCACAACCUUUGAAAGUCAAAAAGUCUAGGAAAGGAAAAUGUGAGGAAGAGGACGAGCAGGCAUCUCAACGCAGUCGUGUGAAGGUGACAAAGAAGAAGCGGCGAGCCAUUGAUGCGGUGGAGCCAGAAGUGAACGGCCGGAGCCUUCCUUCCGAAGAGCCAGGAGGAGGGACCCAGCCCAGGGCCAAGAAAUGCAAGCGCAGCCCCUCAGAAGAAGAGUCUUGCAUUGAAAUAAAAAGAAUGAAUUGUCCAGUAAUUGAAGAAAAUGAGGAUGAACAUCAAGGUAAAUUCAGUUGGAAAGGGACCAUAAAGGCUGUUCUGAGACAAGCACCUGACCAUGAAAUUUCAGUUAAGAAAUUAAGGAAAAAGGUCUUAGCCCAGUAUUAUGCAGUCACAGGAGACCAGCAUAAACCUGAAGUGGAAAUUCUGGCCUUGUUUAAUAAGAAAGUCAACAGUAAUCCUAAAUUUAAAGUUUUAAAGGAAAAAGUUAAGCUUCUAAAAUAGUUCUUAUGUUCAAAUGAUCUAAUUUUGCUCAUUAGAUCCAGUUUUACCAUCAGAUGUGAAAAGUCGUUUCCACUCAUUUUCAUACUUAUGUCAGCAAAACCUCACUAUGUCACACAAAACCACAGUCUGUCAC